AUGACGAUAUCGAGUACUUCUUUGAGUAUGUCGAGUAUUAUCGAGCCAUCCAGUUUGAUCCGACGUCUGGCGGUCUCCCAAGACACACUCGAGAAUUAUCCCACUUGCCUGGAGCAAUUAUUCACUCGUGGACUACAGGCGUGGUGCUGGGACCUGUUCAUCAUUGUCGACAUGCCCGAGAACCUACACCAGAUAUUGUCAGACCCGAUCUACAGCAACCCCGGGCCGAAGUGGGAGGUUCAGGUUCGAAAGGAUAUGCCCAGAGCCUCUUGGAGCUAUGCGGAUGGGUGGAAGAUUAUCGAGGAUUCUUCGCGCCAGGACGCCCACGAGGGUGCGAACAAACUACUCCGACGGAUUACAGAUUACGACUUCCCGGUUGAAGAAUUCAAGCUAUGGUUCCGUGAGGCCAUGGUUCGAGAAUUCCAGAUUCAGUUCGCAAAUGAAGAUGGCGAUCUGAAGCAAGACUCUGUGGAGAUAAGCGGCUUUACAGGGAAAAGUAUUUAUAUUCGAUCAGGUUAUGUGAUUUAG